AUGGGAAAGUUGUACGACGAAGAAAACGACUACGUAAACGAGGAGCACAUCAAUGCUUUUGCAAGGGCUUUGGUGUGGGAUGACCAAGAAGACGCCGAAACAUCUCAUUCAGGGAACUAUUCUACCGGCUACAACCUGCCUUCGUAUGAGGAUGCGAAGAAAACAGCCUCGGCUCUAGAUCUGACGGAUUUUGAUGCUGCUGUAGCUCAACUAAGCCCCGUGUCCCUGAAUACCCAAGAAAGCAGUGCACACUCAAAAGAACGCCCGGCCAAAAUUGUUUCUAAAAGUGACUGGUUCCCUGUUGUGGGAUCACGAAAGAAGAAGCAAAGGAAACCUAGCACCACAGAAAAGCUCACGAACGAGUUCCGCAUUCUGGCCUCCUACACGUUUUUCCGGUGGCCAGCCCUUAUUCUCAUUUUUGCAUGGAUCUCUUUCCUCUGCGUUAUCUACAUCGUAGUACGAGCGUACGUUGCACUACUGGAGUUUCUAUUCACGUGGACUGGUGAACGAAAAAGGCUUCGGGACAAGCUUCGGCAGUCUAAGGAUUAUGCCGAGUGGGUUGAAAACGCUAUCAAGCUUGACAAAUAUUUAGGGCUUGAUAAGUGGUCUGAUAACCCUAAGUUCUCAUAUUACGACUAUCGCACCAUUCAAAAGACCGUGAAACGUCUUCGAGCCUUAAGAGAGAACGGUGAUAUACCCGAACUUAUGGUUUUUCUUCAGAGCUGUCUCAAAAAGAACUUUGCAGGCAUUGAGAAUAGACAGCUCUAUUCGCAUCGCUAUUAUGGCACAAAAAAAUUGGUUGAACAAUAUGUCACUGAAGUUACAAAAUGCAUCAACUGCGUCACUGAUGCUCCUGAUCUGCUCGUACCCCUAAAACAAAAAUCGCGGUUCUUCAAGACCGUGUCCAAGAACUAUGGCAAAACCGCUUUAUGCCUUAGUGGUGGUGCUUGUUUUGCUUAUACUCAUUUUGGAAUAGUCAAAGCAUUAUUAGACAACGACUUGCUUCCUCUGAUUAUUUCCGGUACUUCUGGUGGAGGUAUCAUAGCUUCGUUAGCUUGCACGAGGAGUGACGAAGAAUUACGAAAGCUUCUAGUUCCAGAGUUAGCCCGCAAAAUCACUGCUUGCGAGGAUCCAUGGUACGUUUGGUUCCCUAGGUUUUUGAAAACAGGUGCGAGAUUUGAUGCGGUGGCAUGGGCAAAGAAAGCAGCUUUUUUCACUAAGGGAUCAACAACCUUCCAAGAGGCAUACAAAGCUACUGGCAGAAAACUCAAUAUCUCAACUAUUCCUGCUGAGCCUCACUCACCAGUUAUUUUAUGUAACACAGUGACUUCUCCCAACUGUAUUAUUUGGUCGUCUUUAUUGGCCUCUUCAGCAGUCCCUGGAAUCUUGAAUCCUGUUGUUUUGAUGAUGAAGGAAACGAGAACAGGUGAUGUUGUCCCUUUUAGUAUGGGAAACAAAUGGAGGGAUGGGUCACUAAGGACAGAUAUUCCUUUGGAUGCUUUGAACACAUAUUACAAUGUUAACUUUCUGAUUGUCUCCCAGGUGAAUCCACAUAUAUCCUUAUUCUUUUACGCUCCUAAGGGUACCGUCGGUAGACCGGUUACAGUCUCCAGGAAAAGAACAAGAAAACAAAAGUAUGCGGCAUUCAGAGGAGGUUUCUUCGCAACUGCCUCGGAACAGUUGUUAAAGUUAGAGAUUAAGAAGUGGUUUCAGAUCAUUAAACUCCUUGAUCUCUUGCCACGGUUGCUGAAGCAGGACUGGCUGAAUGUCUUCCUUCAAAGGUUUACUGGUUCUAUCACCAUUUGGCCCCGGUACAGACUAAAAGACUUUCUCUACAUUCUUCUGGAUCCUGAUGAAGCGAAGAUGGAAGAAUUUUUGCUCAAGGGCCAGAGAAGCAUGUUCCCUCGUCUUUUAUUUAUAAGGCAUCGUCUUAGCAUCGAACGGGCAAUAGAGAGAGGCAAAAAAUCUAUCAGAGCAACAACCAUGGCCAUUAAAAAUGUUCAAGCAAUGUCCCGACUGCCUUCAGCGAGCUUGGCGACAUCAGAUGACGGAAAGAAAGCCCAUAUGGAGCUCUCGGAUGGAGCCAUUGAGCAUCUUUUGUCUUCCAGCGAUGAGGAGUUGAACAGAACAACCAUCUCUCCUUUUGACCAAAUUUUCAACCAGGAAACCGAAGAGAGUAAUUCAUCCGAUGACAGUGGAGAAGACAUUGACGACAAUGAUGAAGAAAUUGGUGACACUUUUGAAGAAAAGGGUGAAGGCGAAAUCGAUUUAGCCGACAGAGAGAGUAUUGAGGAUAAGAUCAAUGGAGAUGCUGCUGAUCUAAGCGAAGACGAAGAUCUGAAACUCUCACACCGCAGAAACACAAUCUUUUAG